UCAAAGAUGAACAGAGAGUCAAUAUUUCACCCAGAGUAGUGGGUUCAGCUGUGGAACAAAGCAGCCAAGCUUCCUUGCACGGUUCUGCCAGAGCAGUGAACAUUGUGCCAGGUUGCCAUGUGUGCCCUGGUCUGUUGUGUCUGUAGAUUCCCUUGUGAAAAAUGUCAGGACAGCUUUUGCAAAUAGCUGAGCAUGUGCAGAUGCAGUUGACCUUGAUAGAUAACUGCAUUUUUAAGCACAUGACAUGUAUAUAAUACUUGGAAAAUCCACUAGCUUUGUAAUAUGUUAGAGUGUUUUUGCUGUUCUAGUGGUGCAGUGGGUUGCAGUAUCAUUCUAGGUGGAAGCUACUUUCAUGAUCUAUCCUGUGCGUGGGCAUACAAAGGUACAUAAUGUAACCAAAUUCAGUAUAUAAUGUAGGUGAGAAAUGGUUACAUGUUCAAGACAUGUUCCUCUAGUUACAUGGCAAAAGCGCUCCUUUCUCCUUUCUGAGAAAGGUUUUUUAAGAGGUUUCUGACUUCCUGUUGUAAAAGCAUGCUUUCAAACAAAGUUAUGCUUGAAAGGGUGUUCUGCAGGAUCACUGGGGAAUGCUCUGCUUUUUGAGCCUCACCUGAGAGAGGUGAGAAGGAUAAUGUGGAACAGAAGAGAAAUGGGUGAAUUGAGGGUAGUAACUGCAGGUAGUAUGGCAGAUCCUGAAGUGUAGUUGGGACAGUUACUUGAGCUCCUAGAAAGAAGAGCUCAGCCCAGAGAGACUGAAGAGGAACAUGAACUGUUCUAAGCACUUUAGAGGAAAAGGUGUCCAGUACCAGUGUGGGAAGCCCCAGGUGAAAUGACUGCAAACUCCUCCUGCAUCUGUAGAUUGUUAUUCCAUUUCCAGUAUUAGUUACUAAGUGUCCCUCCAAGAUACAACAUUCUCUAGCGAAUUGUUGGUUUUGGAUAGUUCUGUAGCUGUGACAGGGAAAAGAGUGCAAAUAACCAAGGCAGGAAAAGAAGUGAUUCUGCACACCAUGGAUUUCUAGUCUGUCUUGUGAGCUGAGUCAAAUGUUACAAGAAAUUGGGCCCUUAAGGAUGGCCAUAUUUUGGUAGUUACCCACCUGCUCUUAAUUAGGCAGCGUACAGCAUGCCAUUCUUUCUGCUUUGCUCAGGGUAAAUGACAGCGGUGAGGAGUCUUGAGGCUUUCAGAAAGGAUCUACCUGAGAGGAGAUAGUUCUGGCUGGAGGGGAGAGGUAAGAUUCUUGUUUUGAUACAUUGCUUCUAUAUGUUUUUAUACAUACAGGUAGAGAAAGUAGAGAGGAAUUAGACUUUAACCAGAAACAUUGCUUGCAUUUCAUUUUAAAUUUAGUAUCAGGUCCCAGUCAAUCCCCACUAAAAGUAAUAAAAGUAAUUAGAUUGUGUUUUCCAUAGUAGUACAAGUGAUAGACAUUCAUAUCUUAGUGGGUGCUGCACUAAUUGCAUCUGAGUUUUUAACCUGAAUACCUAGGAGACAAUUUUGAAUGUGUUUAUGCAUGUAGUCAUAAAUCCAGAAACUAGCUAAUUUCUUUAAUGGCUUGAAGCUCUCCUUUAUUUUCCUAAAAUUAGUGGGUGACUUCAAGUUGCUAAAGUAAUCUGGUUUAUGACUGAACUAGCAUUCUUAUCUGUCUUUUGUUUUUCUCUGAGGGAAACAUAGUAUUUUGGUUAAUGAUACUGGUUUUGAAUUAAAAUAUGACUCGGGAAUAAUGCUGUGAGGAUCAUGGAGUAGCACUAAAUCGGUACCUGUGUAGUUAGAGAAUCAAAGAUGGAAAUUUGAACAACUGGGUAGACACGGAACUUCUUUCUGGUGAUUUUGGUGUUUUUCUGCCUUGAAAUUAUGAGGAGAAAAAACAGUAAAAGGGAUUUUUUUGGAGAAAUGUUUGAUGCACAAUACCCAUGAAAAUAAUAUAAGUUAGGAUUUAAGAAAAGGUUUUAGCACCACAGCAAUUUGUCACAUCAGGAUAUAGUAAUAUCUUUUAAAAUAUUGAUAAUAAUUAAAAAUAUUUCCAGUAGUAAUAUAUAUGAGGAAUUAUUAAAAGUAAAGAGAGGAGGGAAUAAGGUUAUGUAAGAACUAAUUAAGACAAGCUGAAAUAUAGAGGAAAUCAAACAGAGUGAAGGAAACCUGUGAAAACUUCAACUGAUACCCUUUCUUUUAUUCACUGAGCAAUAAAGCAGGUUAUUUUUUAGGUUGAGGUAACAUUAUCAUAAGGCAAUGCAAUGGGGCUGUGCAAAUGAACUAGAUUGUGUGAAUAAGACCUUGAUACAUUUUGUAUUUUGCUUUCAUAAAGCAGGAAGUUUACAAGAUUUUAAGUGAUGAAAAACAGGUAUUUUGAUCAGACAGCAUUUUUUAGCUUUGCCUAUGAGCUAUAAAAUCCUGUUAUUAGUUUGUUAUUAGUCUAAAUGGAUCUGGGCUCUUGUCCUGUGGUUUGAUAGCAAAUCAUUUAAGCUGAAGUUACAGUGUGUUCAGUAGGAGAGAUAAAUCACAGCUGCUCUCCUGAGAUUACAGCAGUAUGUUAGUCAAAGUAUGAUAAUGAUGGUGAAUCAAUUAGGAAGGGAAAAUUAACAGCACUGCUGUGUACUGGGUUACUGUGCAUUAGUGAAGCAAAAUGCAAAGUUUCUGAAGCACUGUGAUUUUCAAUAUAUUUGAAGUCUUCAUUGUAAUUUAUACUGGCAGGGCAUAUUAAGUUAAAAAAAGAACACUGGUGCCAAGUGAAAAAAUACAGUACUCUGUUUUAAAGGGGAGCUUUUCGUAUUUAUGGCAUGAUGUUAGCAGCACUCUUAAGAUGAAAAGUGAUUAAUUACCUGAAUUGAGUAACAGCUAUUUCGUGAGAACACACAGGAACACACAGUAUUUAUUAACUUACAGAAUAGCUUAAUUCUCUGAUGUUCUUUUGCAUGAAAAAUCAUUUGAUAUUCAUUGUAAGAGACAGAGGGUUUAACUAACAAACUUAUUUGGGAUAGAAGGCUGCAGGAGCACUAAAAUAUGCUUUAGCAAUAGCAUGAAGAUCAGACGUGGAUUUUCUUUACUGCACGUGCGGUACUUCCCAUGUAGCAUCUUCAGAAACAGAAAUCUCACAAGUUCUAAUUGCUGAUCCUUUAGGGAAAGACAUAUGUGUCUGUGGGCUUUUUUAAGGGAGCUGUUCUCAGAUAAUCAGAAAGUGGCGUUUUAGCGUGUGGUAGUAGCUCUUUAUCUCUGGAGAAUAGGUCAGCGCACACAGAUAGCCAAGUUGAACAUUUCUAAUGAAACAUGACCAAGUUGCACUUCUUUAAAAAUUGAAGAAGUGGCAUACAUUUUGAUAAUGGAAUAAUGGAGGCUCCCUACCCCAACUAUCAUCUCUGUUCAUGAUCAUUAAGAUGCGGAAUAUUAAGAGCAGAGCAACUGGGCGUAACAGCCGACGUCCAACAUCUGUCAUGCUGGAGUCCAUUAGUGUUCAAUUGCAUCCUAUUGUUUUUGGAUUAUUCAACCUCAUUUCAUUGUCAUUGCUUUUACUAGGGAUUAAUCAGCUGUUUACAACUACACCAAGUUUUGGAGUCAUAAUGAAAACAAUUGAGCUAUAGUUCUAAAUAAAUAUACAGUAUUCAGUCUCUAAUGAAAAAAGUUACUAAUUUAUGAAUGCUGGUAACAAUUUAAUUAAGUUUGAAAUCAAUACAGAUAAUAAAUCAUUGUGUGGCAGGAUUUUUUUUGUUUGUGUACAUCAUAAAAAGAUCAUGUGAUAUUUCCUUGUAAGUUUACAUAGUUAUGAUUUUAGUACAAUGCAAGUACAGUAAAAGAAAGAUGUUUUAGUUAUGGGGCGUGGGUAUAUUGUGGCUCCUCUGGCAUUACAGUUGGUAGCAGAAUUGAUUCCUUGCUGCCAGCAAACAGAUUUGUUUUUCACAUCCUCGUUUAUUCUUGUCACUUAUUUAGAGAUAUUACUGAAAACACACCUUUAAUUCACAUCAAAUACACAUAUGUACUUUAACAGGAUAUAUUAAAAAGGACAGUUUUCAGGUGAUUAAUAUACUUACAUGUUUUUGUGUAUAACUAUAAUAACCCAUCUAAAUAUUUUUGCAGUUAUUAGGUAAAUCCAUAGUUACAUUUUAACAGUUUAAAUAUAUUUAAAUUAUUUUAUGACUUUGAGUUUGCUGGCAGGGAAAUAUAUAAUCCCCUUUUUUCUCAAGAUACUACUCUGGUUGCAAUGUUGUGUACUUUAUACAAUAUUAAAAUUGUGAAUGCUGGAGAGUUUCUAAUAAUUUGAGUUUAUUUAUUUUGGUACCAUAUGUGCAAACCAGUGGUAUUCUUAGUAUCUUUUAGCUCUUUAGGCCAUGUAUCUUUUAGCUCCUUCUCUUGUUUCAUUAAUGCAGUUAUUCUUCUAUCCUCAAUACUUAGCCAGAGUUUUCACGUGUUUUAAUGUACAAAUACUACAAUGCACAGAGAUUUUUUUUUUCCCUGAGUUGCAACAGAUUAUCCAUUGAAAGGGUCUUUUGCUUAACUGCCCAGAGUCUUGUGGGGCCAGCCAGACACUACUCCAGAUGGCAAGUUGUUAGGGCUGGACAGAAUGGUUUCGGAAGACUUCUCACCAGAUGAAGGCUGCAAUGUUGGGAUUUUACUGUUUGGCUUUUUUUUCCCCUGUAGUUCCCAGGGUGGGAAGGUGCUGGGAUGGCAGCAGUGUGCCGCCCACCCACCUGCUACCACCUGUUCAGCUCUUGCAGUUUCUAUAAAGCCUCGAGUUGUCCACUUGACACAAUCGUUGCUGGCCGGCAGAGCCAAGCAAAGAGACAUCUCUCUUAGGAAGUCACGGCUUCAGAGCGCAACCCUUCACCAUCGCAAAAUCCUCUCCUCAACUGAAUCAGGACUUCUCUCAUUUGAAACAGCCAUUUGGAGCUGUUGUGCCUUUAAUCCAGUAAGAUCCUUCUUGGAUUCAACAGACUGUUUUCUUCAGUAACAUACAUUUUGAGAAUGGAGAUUUCAUUGUUUUCUCUCUCUCUUAGAGAUUAAAGAAAUUAAAAGAAUGAAAGCGUAAGACAUAAAAAUGCUUCAUUUUUUCUUUCAACGAUAAGAAACGAUUUUCAGACAUUUCCAGAAGGAUUUUUAUUUUAUUAUAUUUAUUUUUUUAGAAGCCAAGAAAAAUACUCCAUCAUUUAUAUGGGAAGCAGAUUCAAGUGGUACGAGGGUUACUCCACGAGUGCUUUCCUUAGCGCUUUUUUGAAAGAGAAUUUUUGCUGGGUGAUUUUUGUGUGUGUGAAAGUGAAGCUGCAUCAAAUAUGAAAACCUGUAAAUCCAGUCACCUGGACUCAGCUGUGGAGCCGGACUCGCAGUGCAGGAGCGGGGCAGGCUGUGCUGUGAAGUGCAGCUCGGAAAGGAUGGAGAACGCUGCCAAGAGGAGGCUGGCUGCCAAUGCCCGCGAGAGGAGGCGCAUGCAGGGGCUGAACACGGCCUUCGAUCGCUUGAGAAAGGUGGUUCCGCAGUGGGGGCAGGAUAAGAAACUGUCCAAGUAUGAGACCCUGCAGAUGGCUCUGAGCUACAUCAUGGCUCUGACCAGGAUCCUUGCUGAAGCUGAGAGGUUCAGCACUGAGCGAGAGUGGCUCAGCCUGCACUGUGAGCACUUCCCUGGCGACAGCUGCCACCACUACCCGGCACAGAAACCCGCGGCGGACGGCAGUCCUUACACACAGAGGGUGUUCAGCUACCACCCCGAGCACUUCCAGAUAGCUAAUUAGAACUUGUUGCCAGCUAAGAGUAUGCAGCAGGCCAGAUGUGUAAUUUAAUAAUUAGCAAGAGUUAAUCUGCUUGACUAAGGUAAUAUUGGCAUUAUAAUAGCUCAUUCUUGUUUGCGUCUUAUAGUCAUUUGACAAAAUAAAUUUGCUCUGAGAACAUAAAGUCAAAAGGCAUUUAAAAUGAAUUAAUUUAUUUAAUGCUGGUGGAAAUUAUACUUUUAAUUUGAAAUAUUUCUGACAAUUGUUUCCUAGUUUAUCUAGUGUAUUUAAUGCUUUAAUUAAAGAAGUUUUUGAGGUUUUUUUUUACUGUGAUGAAUCAUGACAGUAUUUCUACAGAUCAUGGGACAAGUUGACCCAUGGUGUAAUUGAUUAGAAUAGCACCAGAAAUUAACCUUAUUUCAUGUUUUUUCUUUUUAUGUCAGCCUUAAAGUUGUUCUUUAGUGUCUUUUUGCAUAAAUGGUUCACAUGGAAAAAGUUUUAUAAUGUAUUGGAGUUCUAGUCCUCAGAGAACUAACUUUCUUAAACUUUGUAAGUUUGACAUAUGGGUUCCAAAGUUGUGUAGGUUUGCUUUAAUCCAAUUUAUGGUGUCUCUUGUAUGCUCGAAAAAGAGCUGGUUUCGAGUCAUGGAAGGAAUGUUUUAUUUUCAGUGAUUGUAAAAACACGUGUGAUUGUAUACCAUAAAUGAGAAUGCUUGUGUGAAAAUAAUCUAAGCUUCUAGAUUUUUGUAGGCUUUAAAUAAUGGGAUUUUAUUUUUUAAUCUUAUGUUAUCUGGAAACAAUAACAGAUUUUGUAAAUCUUAAAUAAAGUGGUUUAUAUGCUAUGUCCUCACCAAAUAUCUGAAAUUCCUACCCUAGGAAUUACUUACUAGUGGAUUUUCUACCCCAAACAUUACACAACUUCUAUCACAAUCCUGGCAGUUUAAUGUGCUGAAGAAACAACCAACAAAUUAUAUUUUCUUCCCAGUUUCAGCAAGGAGUGUAUUUUAUGUGCGAAUUUGGGGAAGAAAUGAUGGAGCAUUUUUGCAGAGCAGUUGAGUUCAGUUUCAGCCCUGGUGAUGUGCUGAGUGGCCUUUUGUUUACUUGCACUUUCACAUGUAGGGGAUAGAGGGGUCCGGGGGGAAAAGGCAGAAGAGGAAAGGAGGUUGGGAAGAUGAAGACACGAGGGAGGAAGCAGAGGUGGGGGAAGCAGACAUGUCUGUAGCAGGGUGCAGAGCCUGCGGCAGCAGCUCACUGUCCGUGCCUGCUGUGGUGGCAGCAGGCUGUGGAGCUGAAGGGUUCUGCUGCUGCUGCUGAGGGGAGAUUCCGGAGAAAAGCCCUCCCUGGUGUUAGCCCAGAGAGGAGGAGGAGGAGACGAGCUGCUGUCCCACAACAGCUGCUGGUGGAUUUCCAGCAGGGAAGGCUUGCUGGUUCCCUGCUGGCUGCUGCCAUGUCUCAUAUUUUAGGAUUCUUUCAAAUGACAAAUGAAUAGCUUUGAUAGGAGUUAUUUUCGACAAUUAAGCAGCUUUCAGAGAAGAACAAAGGCACGAAGAGGAACUAAGCCGUGUUUGGGGGGAGAGGGACUGUGCUUUAGGGGCCGUUCAGAGCAGAGUCUGCCCUCCCUGUGUGUCUGUCUCUGGCUGAUGUUCCGCCCGGUCACUGUUCAGGCUCCUGCCUUCCCUGCCCUGCGAGCUGACCGUGCCUGCCACGGGGGCUGGGUUCAGGCUGGCUUAAACACACUGUGUAUUCCGAGCAGGUCUCUCCUUUAAACACUGCCACUCAGGAAUGGGGUUUUAAAUGCAUAUUUAGCCUCUUUAAAGGUAAUGAAUAGUGUUAAUUAUUAAAAUGUGGGCUUUCUCUUCCUGUGAAUUACGUUAGAUCUUUAUCGGCAAGCAGAAAGUGGAUUCAACCUCAGCGAUAUGAAGUCAUGUUAUUCAGUAGAAUUAUUGUUGUCCAUCAUAUAGUCAAGUUAAUACUGUGUGAAUAUUACUUACCAUUAAGUGGCAGUUUAUGUAUGUGAUAACAGUGAAUACAGUUCUUAAUUAAAUGAUGUGCUCUCUUACCCUCGUGUGUUAGCUGUAAACCUCAGGUGGACACAGUCUCGCCUGCACUGCUAACAGCAGUGGGUUUUCCGUACUGAAACAGGAAUUGCAUCCAAAUAAGUAAUGUGAUUAUAUGAUACAGAAAGCUUGCCUAAAGCUGAGGUGCAAAGUGGAAUACAGUAGAACAGGAAAAAUGCCAGAGUAGAGUGCAAGAACACUAUUGAUGCUUCUGCACUACUGGCAUGAUUUGUUUUUGUGAGACAUGACAUUGCAGUAAUUCAGGUAAAAGUACUUAACAGCCAUUUCUCUUCCAAUUUUGUUUCUUCUGUGCAGCUUUGUACUUUAUUUUCUCCUGCAUAUGAUGAUAUAGUUAAAAAAAUAAUGGACUAGUGUGCAGGGAAUGAUUAAAUGGUAAUAAACUCUCAUAAAGAGGAACAAAGCAACACAAACCAUAAAAUAUCUGUGCUCAUGUUACCAAAAGUUCUUAAGAAUUGAAAUUGAAGUCCUGCAAAGUACUUCAGUGCAGUAUGUAGGUAAUGAGCACUUAUAAAUCAGGUCACGGUAUCAAUCUCUGCUUCUGAUCAAUAUGGUUAAGGUUAUAUUCCCCUGUAAUCCCUAUUCUCUUAGAUUUUGUUGUGCUAAUGGGACCUGAAUGUUUAUUGAUACCUUUAUUUAUAAUUAAUAAUAUUGCUGCUGGGAAAAUUGUGAUUUUAUCUAAUGCUGUACUGGUUUUGUUUCUUGGGAGGGUGCAGUGCUGAAGUUGGGAUUUUCAGUUUACUGUAGUAGUGAAGGGAGCAGGGUAAAUUCUGUGUAGUGCACAGACAGCUGUCUAUUGAUUAUCUGUCAAAGCCUUUUGGGGAGUGAGUUGAGGUGAUGGGAAAGUUAGAUCAUUAAAAAUUCUGAGUGCAGUUUGAAAAGCAGAUAAUAUCCAAGCUGGUUGAGACUUCUCAAACAAAACAACUAUUCAGUAAAUCAUUGAUUUCUUUUAAUAGCUUUCCUUUACAAAUACUUCAGUGAUAUUUGUGAAAUGUAAAAGUGAUAGUUUGACUUGGGUUUGAUUAUUGCUCCCAGAUAUUUGUUCCCCACUCACUUUUUGAUGCUGGUCAGGUAAUGACUCUGAGCCACCUUCUGUACUGGACUUUGCUGGUGUGGGCAUUUCAUGCUCCCUCCCCUUAUAUAAUCAUGGCUUCUGUUAGGCCUCCAAAUAGGCCAGAGCUUAGAUGCUCAGAGCUUGGUGUGUUCUCAGAGGCUGAGCUUUGUCUGCCCAUAAAUCUUUGCCCCACUGAACAGUGCAGUGCAAAUCUGAAAUACUUUUGUUUGUACUAUCAGUACUACAUCUGGUCCAUCUGUCCAGUUAUCACUGUAAUUGUAGAACCACGUUAUUGUGGGAGCUUUGAGGAUGACAAAUGCUUGCUUCAUUAAAAAUGUCUUGCAUACUCUACAUAUAUGUGUUUCACUAUUGCAACUCACUGUGAAUUCCAUGAACUGUUUGUGGGAAAUUAACCUCUAUUUUUCUGAAAGGACUUUCUGCAGGGUUUUCUAUUUGAAGCUACAGGUACUGUGCUUUUGUGAUUCUUCUAAUCGUAUCACCCUGUUUUGACAUGCCCAGAGUUAUUUUUGGGCUUGGAACUAGAGUAGCAUUUUUAACUGCAGUGACUUUGCAGCAGCUGAAAGCAGAAUUAGGGUAGCACAUUCCCAAAA